AGUCCUAAUUCUUCAUGUUACCAUGCCCAUAGACCACUCAGACACUGACAUUAAAGAACCGAAGCGAUACCAUCCUAACCCGGUAAUCAACUAAGAUUAAGUAGAUUUUCUACCUCCUUCCACGAAGAAGCCCGCAACUUCUACGCUCUCCAUCUCUUAUCAAUCCACACCAAAAAAUUCCCCAUACGAGUACGACCAUACUUUGGUAAGACCCGCCAUCAUCUGCUUGCUCGCAGCAGCACUAUUACCGGCUACUGAACUAACUUCUAAAUACGAUGGCAGUCAGUCAGUUCCCCUUCCGUUCUUGGUAGUUACGCCCCGUCCCCACAUUAAUUGCCCCGACAACGUCACAAGCUACGACAGUACCCUAAUCAUGCCGACCGACGAAAAACCCGCCGCCUCGACCAAGAUGAAGGUCUACUUGGCCUCUCCCUCCGCCCGCCCACUCUUCAAUUACAUCGUGCAGGAAUUUGGUUACGAGUUUUGCGAAAACAAGGAGGAAUGCGACAUCGUCGUUGCGUCCGACAUGGGCCGCGCGCGGGAGGAAGAAGCCGGGUUAAACGCGCUGCUGCGCCAGCUGCACUUGCGCGCGGGGGCGAAGAGAAAUCUAAGGUCUGUGAUACGGAACGGGGAAGGUAAGAAGAAAAUACAUUUACAUGUACGUUCGAGUUCUUGAAGGUUUCCGUUUCGCGAGGGCUUUUUUUCUACGGUUGUAAAAAUAUUUUUCUCGCUCACACACUUUGUUUCUCUCAUGCGUCGUAGUUGGCCUCGCCCUCGUCUUCCAGCAAAAAUAUGGACGCAGGUCAAAUUCGUCUUCGGUAAAGAAAAGCAUAAGCUGCAUCAGAAUCCAGGACUACAAUGAAGAUCUACACAUGCUUAUCCUCAUCCUUACAGGCACGACGAAAACCCAAACCGCGAGCGGGAACACCAUCACCAAACCGAAAUCCGCCGCGCAAGGCAAGGCCCAGCCCUUCGUGAAGGUCACGAAAAUUCCCGGUAUGGCGGACGUGUGCGAGAAAGUUAGGUUUCACAGGUUACUCCAGGUGGUCAAACCGUUUUUCGACAAGGAAGACUUAGACCUCCACGUGCCCGAGACCUACAUUCUCCCCGACCAAGCAGCGCUCUUACGCCGAGACUGCCGCGACCCCAAGCACGGGCUGAAAAACACGUUGAUCGUAAAGCCGGAAUUUGGCACGCAGGGACACGGGAUUUUCCUCUGCCGGGGGUUGGCCGAGCUGAACAACCACAUGGAGAAGUUCCACAUCAGCGGGAACGGCCGGAAAUCCGUCGCGCAGCAAUACGUGGAGAACCCGUUGUUACUCGACGGGCUGAAGUUCGACUUGCGGCUCUACAUUGUGGUCACCGAGGUGAUGCCGCACUUGAAGGCGUUGCUGUAUCGCGAGGGCUUGGCCCGGUUCUGUACAACGAAGUACAAAGGCGCAAAUCACCAGGACGACCGGGCGAAAAACGAGUCCAGUCAUUUGACAAAUUACGCGAUCAACAAGAAAUCGCUGCAAUUUCGGGAGGGGAAGUCGAAAAGACUAUUGUCUUCGACGUUGACGUUGCUGGAAAAACGGUACCCGGGGAAGUUCUCCAUUGCCACCUUCUGGCAGCAGAUGGAACAGAUCACGAAAAAGAUUUUGCUCGCAAUUUCCCCCAGUUUACUCACGGAAUUGAUGGCGGUGCAGGCUUUAAGCGAAGAUUUGAAGUUCGGCAACGCGGAUGUGACGUUUAACCACGUCAUCGGGAUCGACAUUCUGUUAGACCAAAACAUGAAGCCCUGGCUUCUCGAGUUGAACGCGACGCCCAGUUUAUCCAUCGAGAAAAUCGUCCCCGCACCCGCAAACGCAACGCCUUUAGCGGUCAACCUUCCGGGCGCGGUGUCGUCGGACGGGUUUCCGUUUCGGUCGAAAAACGCGGUGAACGCCCACGGGCUAAGCUCCUUUUACGCCAGUCCCUACCGGCAGGCGCAGCCGGGGAUGGCACAAAUGGAGGAGAGGGAAGGACAACUUCUACAGCAGAGCGGGGGAAUAAGCAACGGUGGUAGCGGCCCGAUUUUAUCUCCGAAUGGAAAGAAAAAGGAGAUCAACACGGCCCGGGGCGAGCGAUACAGUAGUCGCAAGCAGGACGCCAAGCCGGUUACCGUGAGGAACGAUUUCUAUGGAGCAGGAAGUACCAUACCUGCUGCAAAUAAGGAUAAGGAAAAAGACACGUCGUCGGCAACAGGAGCUGCAGCUAAGGGAACAACAUCAAAUGGUGCAACUUCGAAAGUAGACAAAGAUCCGAAUCCGAAGUCGAAAAUAUCUUCUGUUCGAGAAAAGAUCUCCAACAUUCCCGCAGCCUCCACCCCCACGAUCGGAACCUUCACCGAGAUCCCGAUCAUACUGAACCGCGCAGGCGCACCACCAAAGAAGAAUGAUAUUAGGCCCUCAUCCUCAACAAUAAACAACAUUAAGUCCUCCGACGACCACACGGAAGAAGACGGCAGUGACAUAGAGAAUUUCGUCGAGCAGAGCUCGGAACCUCCAGAAGAAAUAGACGAAGAGCUGGAUGGGGAAGAUACCGAAGAACGCCUGUCUAUGGAUGUGUCAGAGUUGAAAUCGACAAAGUUGAAAUAGUUUGCCAUGCAUAAAACAGAUACCAGCUAGACCUGCAGUUUGUAGUCGGCGCAUUACAAAUUUUCCCGGUCCUGGAAGCGAGUCUGUCAUGCGGUUUAGGGCAAAAGAUCUGCCUUCUGUCAUGCUAGUUAGCAGUCCAACUUUUGACCCUUGCCAGGACUAUAAUCUGCCUCCCGUGGGUCCUCUGCAAUAGAGUCACUUUUUGUAUCGCAUUUUAUGCAUUACAAAUUGAAAUUAUUUCAACUUUGACGAUUUCAAACCUGACGCUUCCAUACUGUCCAAUCUCUUGUCGAACAGUGGCAUGAUCCCUACUUCCGCCGGAGGACCAAGACAACUGGCAAGAAGCAGUACGAGAGAAGGCAACCACCGCACGUCGCCAAGAAGUUAUGACGACGAACUGCAGCAGUUUGAUCCUGCUCACGCGGCCGGCCUCGGUCAUCAAGUGAGAAACUCUCAAAAUGUAAUGAUUCCCGACGACCAGCGGUCCAGUUCUUCUACAACUGCCUCCAGCUCUUCCAACGGAGCAGGUCGUCACCACAAUGCGUUGAAAAAGCACAGCACGCGGGACUUCGAGGCCAGUCAGCAGAAAAACUACAUUUCCGAAAUUUUCGCCCGGGAUGUGGAGCGGGCGAAUCGGAUCGCGGCUAGAGGCAUCAACGACCCCAACGCAAACGCCUCGGACGCGCGGAGGAGUAGCGCCGCCGCGGCAAUGAAUGCUGGAGCAACUACGAAUGCAACAAAUAUGAACUCGUCGCACGUGAGUAACAGAGACCCGAUGUUCAAUAGCAUGCGAACUGGACAGACAACCCUGAACAGCCCGGCGCAGAAUAAACAGUUGUCCAGCAACAACAGUACAACUACCAACAAUGCAUCCUCACAUCAAGCGGCUUAUGGAACUUCCAUCGUCUCCAUGAGUGGUGGCGCCCCGACCACGCUCGGGGCUGCUGCAAAUGUGACCAGUCCCUACGCGAUGAUUCCAGGGUCCGUGGUCAACACGAGCAAUCUAAGGACGAAACGGGUUUUCGGGGGGCACGUUUGUACCUGCAUGGAGAUGCCGUCCGCCCCGCACUUCCACAUCGAGUCGGAGGUCGAUAUCCGGGCGAAGUACGGGCCGAUUAAGACCCUCUUGACCGAUUUUUCCAAAACCGUGCACGACCCGAGCAGCUGCUUCUUCAUGCCCAACAGCGCCAUCUUGGCGAAUAGCGUGUUGCAGGGGUUGUGCCUAGAUCACCACUGCAGCCAGAUCGCGUCUGGCCGGAGCAGCGAGGCGCUGCCGAACGGGACGAGGAACAACUACGGUAACAAUAACAACAGUAGCAAUUGGAACAAUUGUACGCAGAUCGAGAGGGGGGAACAUCAAAGAGACAGCAGUGUUCCACCUUUGAGCAGUCGCGAUAUCUACUGCACGAGUGCGGGGCCAGGAGGCAAUAAUUCCUGUUGUUCUUCCACUUCAGGGACAUGCGGUGGAUCUACUGCGCAGCCGAUGAAAAAUACCCGGCCACCAAAGAUUUGUGUCAACAGAAAGGGCGAAGUAACUUUGGAAUACGAUGAAACUUCUACGCGAGAAAUAAAGUCUAGCGCAGCACUUGGAAUUGAUCGAUCCCUCUCUCCCGCCGGACACCACCCGCCGUCCACUAGCACGCGCAACAGCAAACAGAGCAGUGGUUUGAAUAAGCCAGCGAUUUCUUCCGCGAGCUCGUCUGCAGUGGAAGUAGACGGCGCUGAUCCAAGUAAUACCAACGACCUCGACGACUUUUCUUUCGCAAGCUCUCCUACAGCCGCGCAGCAUAGUAUCAACGGGCUACAGCCGCACAUCAACAUGAAGGGCGUUUCGCUGCGAUUAUCCUCUCUCCCGAAUUUCAACACGGAUAAGCACGUCCCACAGUUGAAAGAAAUCCUGCGCCAAAACGAGCUUUUCCGGUCUAACCAGCUUGCGGAGCCCUGCCAGUGCCCGAUCAUUCUCGACGUGUGUAGCCGGUCGGCGGAAGGUGCGGAGUGCUACCUGAAGCUGUACCGCAUGUUUAGGAAAAUCGCGGAGUUGUACGUAGAGGUUAUGCUCGCGCCAAACAGGAAAUACUACAGCUACGGGAUUAACGCGACCAGGGACACGACGCUGACGGCAACAGCCACGACUGGAAGAACAGAUACUAACCUCGUUCAGAACAAUCAGGAUCAGGGCCAAGAGCAGAAGGACAACAACGCGCAGCCUGCGUCGAUUCUCUGCCUUUCGGACGUGCAGAAGAAGGUGUCAGGCUUGGUCCGGACGGAACCGAAACUCUUCUUCAAAUACCACCAAAUGAACUUUGACACGCUGUUAAGGGGCCUGGAAAAACUAAAGCGGGACCUCGCGGAAUCCUCGGACUUAUUGACCAAAUUUCCAAAGGUACUAUUCGUAUUGGUAUUCUUUAUCUUUUCGAAAACUUUUGUAUCAGCGCUGGAACAAUCUUCAAAGAGCAGAACAAGUGCAACACGUUGCUCACAUGGUGCAUAGCUUCAUGAUCUGAGUAGUAGUACCGCUUUUUCUUGAACAUGAAAUCACCAGCGUGCUGCAAAAGAAAAAAAUUGCAUCUGUAACAUUGUCUCAGGCAACGCCUGGUUCCAGCCCGAAAGCCCGACGCAAGCAGAUGCAGCUUACGUCCGCAACAAGUACCUCUAACGCGGUCCGACCUGCCCGCGUGGUGGAGGACACGCUCGGUGGUGGUAUCAAAUGCAAAAGUGUCUGGGUCUGGAAGAUUGGAACUUGUCAUGCUGUCUUUGGAUUCCAAAAAAAUCUGUAUUGCGUGACCAGCAACAGGAGUCCAGUUUGUGUUAUUCGGAGAGGGCAUUUCUCAUGCGGAAUAGGCAUCAUGAAGCCCUCUAAAAAUCUGUGAUGCUAGAUCAUGCAUUACAUGCGUCUUGGAUCAAAGAAAAUAUGCAUCACAAAUCCCGGAAUCUUCCAGACCCAGACAUUUUUGCAUUUGACAGGUGGGGUUUCUCUACUCAUCGUGGGCCUGACCGCGCUGGCCCAAGGUGGGUUCAACUACUACGAGGACUACGAUCUGGCGCUUGGGGUGUUGAGCUUGAUACAAAAGAUUAGACAGUAG